AUGGGGAACCCGUUAUCCCCCUUGAUAAGCGAAAUCUUCAUGAAAAGUAUUGAAGAAGAAAUUGAAAAACGGGGCAUCAUGCCAAAAUUUUGGGCACGUUACGUAGACGACAUUUUGGUCAUAAUCCCAAACGAAGACAUCGAGAAAACACUAGAAGCAAUAAAUAACAUACACCGCAACAUAACUUUCACUAUGGAAAAGGAAGUUGACAAACGGAUAGCGUUUCUGGACCUAGCAAUAAUAAGAACCAACAAUAAACUCGAGUUUGGCAUAUACAGAAAGAAAACUCACACACAGCGAACCAUACCAAGGAUAUCGAAACACACAUACGGGCAGAAAAUGGCGGCUUACUACAGUAUGAUACAUCGGCUGCUAGUGACACCAUUGACAGAAGAGGGAUUUAAAAAAGAAUUAACUUACAUAAAAGACACUGCGGUGAAAAACGGAUACAGCAGGGGGGAAAUAUAUAGAAUCUUACGUAAAAAGCAAAAUAGAAUAAAUAGGGACCAACUUACAACACUCUACAAGCAACAAAAAAGGGAUAAUGCUCCUAUUAGAGCGAGCAUUACAUUUUCAUCGCUAUCGAACAAAAUAAGGAAUACACUCUCAAAACACAACAUCGAAACAGUAAGCCCAAGCGCUAACAGACAACUGAGGACUAAGCUAGGUUCAGCCAAAGAUAAAUUGAAUAAAGAAGAGAUGAGUGGAAUCUAUAAGGUCAACUGCCCAGAAUGUGGAAAAGUAUACAUUGGGCAGACUAAAAGACUAGUGACAACUCGAUUCGAGGAGCACCUAAGAGAGUACAAUAAACGUAAAAGCGACGAUCCUCGAAACAUAAAGUCUAUGGUUGCAAGGCAUAUGGUGGAAGAGGGACAUGCCAUAACGAUAGACAAUGUGGAUGGGAUAAAGCGGGUGCGGAAACCCCAUCUCUUAGAUACAGUAGAAAGCUUAUACAUCAUCAACGAAGGGAGCCACGUAACCCUAAACCACGACGAAGGAAACUGUGCAUCGACCCUGGUGAAAAAGCUAUGCCACAUGUAA